CCAGCCCAGCCCGGCGCGGCUGGAGGCGGAGGGUGGGGGAAGCCGGGGCCGGGUGGCGGCUUCGCGGCGCGAAAGGAGCAAGGCCGGGGCCGAGCCGUGCCCGGGGGGCCGCUGGGAGGCCGGAGCCGCCCGCGCCCGCUUGGAGCGAGUGAGGCGGGGACGGUCGGAGUGGGGCGGAGGCGGCGCGGGAGCCCCGGCCCCGGUGGCAGUCCGCGGCCCCGCUCGCCGGCCCGCGAGCCCGGUGCGUGCCGGCCUCGUUACCGGAGCUCCGGCCCGGGGGCCGCGGCGGCGCGCAGGGCCCGGCGCUGCCUGCGAGGGUUUCGCUCCGAACCCCCGUGCUCGGAGGGCUGCCGGAGCCCGUCCCCCGCGUUCUGCGGCAGAGCUGAAGCCCUCGGCGAGGAGGAGCGCCCGUUUCGCGUUAGAUAAAUGUCUGGCUCUAGGGUUCCAACAUUUUCUUGACCUCGUGUCUGGGUAGUUCCUCAGGAUGGCAAGCAAAGGACCCACAACUUCUGCAUCAACAAAGAACUCCAGUACUGGAGGGACCAGUGGCAGCAGUAGCAGUAACGGGACUGGUGACAAUGCUAAUCAGGACAACACUUUUGAAUGUAACAUCUGCUUAGACACUGCCAAGGAUGCAGUUAUCAGCUUGUGUGGACAUCUCUUCUGCUGGCCUUGUUUGCACCAGUGGCUAGAGACCAGGCCAAACAGACAAGUGUGUCCUGUAUGCAAAGCAGGAAUCAGUCGAGAUAAAGUUAUUCCUCUGUAUGGAAGAGGGAGCACUGGGCAACAGGAUCCCAGAGAGAAAACUCCGCCCCGACCCCAAGGACAGAGACCUGAACCAGAGAACAGAGGGGGGUUCCAGGGCUUUGGUUUUGGCGAUGGCGGCUUCCAAAUGUCCUUUGGAAUUGGGGCAUUUCCCUUUGGUAUAUUUGCAACAGCAUUCAACAUAAACGACGGGCGACCUCCUCCAGCUGUUCCAGGGACUCCUCAAUACGUGGAUGAGCAGUUCCUAUCCCGCCUCUUCCUGUUUGUGGCUCUGGUGAUAAUGUUCUGGUUGUUGAUUGCAUAAAUCCUCCCCAUUAUUCUGUAUAUUUGUGGCCACCAAGGCCACUGAAACUGCAUCCCCAUCCCAUUUUAAACCUCUUGGUGUCUGGUCCCAUAGUUAACUGUGGGCUUCAGGUAUUGGUGGUACCACAGCACAAUGAGGAAUCGCACGUUUUGCACCAGAGUUGGAAAUUAAACAUUGGUUAAAAAGCGUAUUUCAACUCAGCUGUCUUGUACAACGGGUUCCUGACACAAACCAUGGGCCUAGCUUUGAGCUCCACUCUUGAAAGGAGUGCUGCUUUGAAAACCUGUGCCAAUCAGUGACACCAGGUGUAUGUGAAAGUUGGGACAGUUGCCCCAGGGUAGACUGGGCAGGCAAAGAAACUUCUGCAGUGUGAUUUGGAUCUCAUUUUUUGCGACCACGAGGGAUCUGCCAGAGCUGUGGAUGUUGUUUAAUGGCUUUGCAUCAACAUCCAUCUUCCUUCAGGAAAUCAUCUGCAGCAUUGCUGAGACUCUUCAGGCACAGCACGUAACGCAAACGGAACCAGGUUUGGAGAUUGGUUUGUUUUCUUGCUGUUAUUUCCUGGUGUGAUGGAAACCCCCCCCUGAAGCACUUCUAAUGGCUGUUAGAAGAAGGGAUACAAAUUUAUGCUGCAGAUUUUUCAAGCCGGAAUUUGCUGGAGCCAGACACUGGAAGAUUCUCUCGUUGUCAAGCUGGGUGGAGGUGCUGAACAGUAUGAUGUGCCUGUCUGCCUCACCCAGCCCAUUCCUCGCUCACUAAACAGUGUUGUCUUCCUUGGUUCUGUGCAGCAGCCUGUGGCUGCACUCACAGAUAAUCCCCCCACAACCUUGUCACCGUAGCUACAUUUAUUCUUCUGCAGGCUUUGAGACUUUGUAUGUAAGGUCAUGUACUCCAAAUAGAAUCCUAUUACAGAUCUGAACUCAGCUUGUUUAUGGAGAGGAACAAAAGGCAUCUUUGCCUGAGUUUUGAGGUUAAGCUUGUCAUACUGUAAAACUGUACAAGAGGAAAAACGAGCUCCUGCCUUUGCUAGCACAUGCCUCAGUCGGGAACAUUUGGAAGAGCAUCUCUGUACAGGGGCACACAGCUACACCGUGCCGUGGCAGUGGCUGUGGUGCAAGAGUCUCUGCAGUAUCAACCAAAGAGAUUAAUCUGAAGUACUGGAGAAGAUCACAACCAUUGAUGUGGUGAGGGGAAGAUAUUUCAGAAGGCACUCUGCAGCCGUUUUGGAAUCCCGUUGGGUAUACAGCUUUAAAGAGUACUCUUGAUGUAUUUGUGUAGAUUCCUUCAGAAGACCAGAUACAAGAGAUUCCCUAACAAGAUGAACAGUUUUCUUACUUCUUUGACUAGACAAUGCCAUUUUUUUGCUCUUACUGUUUUUAGAUUAUUUUGAUUCAGAUUCCUGAUGGUCAUAAUGAUUUCCUGCAGGAUGGAUAUUGUGACUUCCCUGGCAAUAGACAGACAACUGACAAACCAAAUCAACUCAUCAAAACUUUGUUUCAAUAGCUAGGGUUUUUCUAGUGUAUGGAUGAGGUUCCUGGGCAGGACACUUUAAUUGUUGUAGAAGCUUAUUUAUGUAAUUAUAAACUGUUCACUUUUAGUAUCAAGACAGAGGAUGACUGAAGUCUAACUUGCCUACCUCCAAAAAUCCAUCUGGCAAGUAGAAUGUUGCAAGCUUCUGCAGUAUUUUGCCACGUCUAGUCAAAUUUACACCUGACUUACUGGCAGAAUAUAUUGCUCAACUAAGUAAUUGAAGUGUUGCUUCAACUUCUGUUGUGUGGCACUUUUGAGAAGCUUAAAUUCUACUGCAUGUGGUUCUUCUCAAGUACAUAACUUGGUAACUAGGACCCUUUCUAGGAGAAAGGCUAUUUACUGCAUUCUUACAAACAACUGGCCGUAGUACAGUGUUGCAGCUUUGACUUUCACGAGCAGGCAGCACCACCUGGUGUUGAGAAGGGAAAGUUCAUGUGAUAGUAAAAGGGACGGUUUUCCUUCUCCUUUUAUUGAGAAACUCAAUGCCAAGAGCAGUCAUUCGGAGAGGAACGUGGUAUCCCUUCAAAGCCUUCUUCCCAUAAAGAAGACAGACAAGUGACUGCAACAGGUUCAAGAGGUAUUGAAACUGAUUUAACUAACACUUAUGUUUUAAGAUAUGGAAUCUUACUGCCUUUGGUUUUUUUUCCAUCUGUUGGUAAGAGAUAGAAUGGAUUUAGACAGAAGUGGCUGCAGAAACAUGACUGAGCGCCCUUAUUUUCUGGCAAUCUAAGAACGAAAUAGCCUGAAAGUGUUAAUACAUCUGUUCUGACCUUAUUUCUCGGUGUGCUGUUUGUAUCGUACCCCUUCCCUCUCGUACUCAGACUGCACACAGCCCAUACUGGCGUGUUUAGUGCAUUACCAUUACUGUUCACUAAUUUUCACUGUUGUGAAAGUGAUUUAGAAUUAAAAAAUGGUUUUACAUUG